AGCUGUCGGGGAGAGCGCAUGCACCACUCACGGUCUUUGCGAAACACCCCCUCCACUCCCGAACUACAACUCCCAGCGUGCACCGCGACGGCGACUACGGCCCCCGGAGGCGGUGGAGCAGCGCCUGGACCCGCGGCUGCGCGGGCGGCCGUGCGCCGUGCUGCAGUACACGGAGUGGCAGGGCGGCGGGAUCAUCGCGAUGAGCUACGAGGCGCGCGCCUACGGCGUGUCCCGCGGGAUGUGGGCGACCGAGGCGCGGGCGCUGUGCCCGGAGCUGGCGCUGGUGCGGGUGCCGCAGGCGCGGGGCAAGGCGGAUCUCACCCGGUGAGCUGGGAACGGGGCGGGGUGGCGGGGACGCCCGUGGCGCGGGGCCGGAGGCUGAGGCUGCUCCCGCCGCCCCGCAGGUACCGGGAGGCCAGCGCGGAGGUGAUGCGGGUGCUGUCGAGCUUCGCCGCCAUCGAGCGCGCCAGCAUCGAUGAGGCGUACCUGGACCUGAGCGGCGCUGUGCGGGAGCGGCUGCGGGCGCUGGGGGGGCGCCCGCUGGGGGCGGCGCUGCUGCCCAGCACCUUCGUGCAGGGGCUGCCCGGAGCCGAAGGCGCGCACCCGCCCCAGCCUGGACACCAGCCCGGCGGGAAGGAGGAGCUACGGCAACGUGGCUUGCACGAGUGGCUGGCGUCACUGUCUUUUGAGAACUCUGAUUGUCCUGACCUGCAGCUGACAAUGGGUGCAGUAAUUGUGGAAGAAAUUAGGGUGGCUAUAGAAGAAGCCACCGAAUUCAAAUGUUCAGCAGGGAUUUCGCACAACAAGACACUGGCAAAACUGGCCUGUGGGUUAAACAAGCCUAACCGCCAGACGCUACUAUCUUCACGAUUUGUUCCACAGCUCUUCAGCCAACUGCCCGUCGGUAAUGUCCGUAACCUGGGAGGCAAGCUUGGUACUGCCAUAACAGACAACCUGGGAAUCGAGUACGUUGGGCAGCUGACACAGUUCAGUGAGACAGAGCUCCAGACUCACUUUGGAGACAAAACUGGGUCCUGGCUUUAUGACUUGUGCAGAGGAAUUGAAGAGGAACCUGUAAAAAACCGGUACCUACCUCAGUCUAUUGGCUGCAGCAAGAACUUCCCUGGGAGGACAGCUUUGGCCACACAGAAGGAGGUGCAACACUGGCUUCUGCAGCUGGCCUUGGAGUUGGAAUCCAGACUGACCAAGGACAGGAGCCAGAACCACCGAGUGGCCCGGCAGCUGAUGGUGGUCAUCCGCAUGCAGGGAGACACCCGGGUAUCACGUGCUUGCGCUCUGUCCCGCUAUGAUGCACAGAAGAUGUGCAACGAUGCCUUUGCCCUCAUUCAAAACUGCAACAUGGCUGGGGCUCACCAGGCUGCCUGGUCUCCACCGCUCAUAUCAGUGUUUCUCUCGGCAAACAAGUUCUCAGAGCCUGCCACACUCCUCUCUGCAGGCAUCACCACCUUCCUGACAAGUGAUAGCCAGCCUGAUGGCACUGCCACUACCAGUGAAAACACUCUGAGGCCCAGGGUCAAGUUCUUCAGGAGCCCAAGCAAAGAGCUUAGGCAGAAGCCAGCUAACGCUAUUGAGUCAUUCUUCCAAAAGGCGGUAGAAAAGCAGCAGCCACAGACAGUGGCAGCAACCAGCCUGGCUGCUGCUGCCACUGCAGUAUCACCUCUGCCAAGCUCCCCAGAGCAGCAGGAGAGAGAUGGCAUUGGGCUUGCCUCUGUGCAGUGUGACCUGGAGUCCCCGGUGAAGCAGAGUCCCAGAGAUGGGAGUUCUCCUUACAACAUCCUUCCCUGUGAGAAGUCACUGUCUGAUGCUAUGCUAACACCCUCAACGCCACCAAGCUCCAGGACCCUUCUGAAAUUAGAGCCAGCUAUGGAGGGAAACAAGCAGAAUUUGCCACCCUCUCCCGAGCUCACUCUGCUCCCUCCUGCCUCACCAGGGGACCAGCAGCACUGUGAAAAGUGUGGCCAGCUCGUGCUGGUGUGGGAAUUCCCAGAGCACAUGGACUACCACUUUGCUUUGGAGCUGCAAAGCUCCUUCAUGGAACCCAGUGCUCCCACGGCAGCAGCAGCUCCCAGCACAAAGGCUGCAGCUUCUACAUCUCCUGCCAAGGCAAAGAACAAGGCCAAGGCUCCAGCAGGAUCUAAUGCAAAACGACCCAGAGAAGGUGUGACAAGAACUUUAGACUUUUUUUUUAAGCGUUUACCUCCUUAAAUCCUAGCCAUGCUGGGAUUUUUUUAGAUAAUCAGCGUUUUUAAAGAAUCAGUGGUUUUUAAUGCAGUUAAAACCUUUUAUACAGCCUGUCAGGUUUUUAUGCAGAAACAUUUAAUAAAUUAUCUCUACUCCAAGUUUUAAGAGGAAUUGGAGCUCAUGAAUUGGGUAUUGAUGCUGGAUGUACCCUGUUUAGCUGAUGGCAGCAAAGUUGCCUUGGUGCUUCCUGAAGCUGCAUUGUAUUUCUUACCUACAUCUACUGCCAUGGGUAUUCCUGUAGCAUCACUGCUCAGUAAUUGUUCCUACUGUAAAAGCAUGCAAUGUAAGCACAGUGGCUUAUCCCUGGGAAGCUCCAGCCAAGCCUAGGCUUGAACCUCUAUCAGUCACUUAGUAUUGAAGUUUUCACCUCGUGGUGGUUCUCCGGCUGCAAUUGCAGGCCUUGCCCUUAGUGUAUAACUUCAUCUGUGGUAGCUUAGCCCUGUGGUUCCUCUCUACCUGGAAGACACAUUUUAUUACAUGCACACAGAGACAGUAAGGUUUUAUGUUAAUAUGGUUUGGCAAUUCCCUUUGUCUAGCAGUCCAUUGCAUGAUGCUUAUCACCAGCCCUAGAGCCCUAGCUCAAGAAAGACUGCUCCCAUGAAAUAAGAUUUGAGGAAGCAGGAGCUGCAAAGGCAUACUUUUUUGGUGGUCUUUCUGAAAUCUCAGUACCAGUUCCUGAUAAUUGUUCUUGACAGAAACAGUCUAUUGUGGAAAUCCUCAAGGAAGGGAUGAUAAACAUGCUGAAGUUGCAGCCCUCUGUGAAAGUUCUCCUCCAUCACAGAAAGAGCACAUAACCACUUUCUCAUCCCAAGACUCUGGGUGACACUACGUGCAACUUUUUGACAGGUAUCUGUUUGGAUUGUGCUCUGCCCAAUGACUUGUUUCAGCUUUCUGGGGCACAGUUCAUAUCAGUGUGUCUGCCACAGCGCUCCGCAAAUUACAACAGAUCCAACAGAGCAAAAUAUGAAGGGGACAAGGCAGGCACUGAUGAGAGGGCAAGACUGGCUCCAGAGCAAGGGAUGGGUUUUGUCCUCAGCUGCUCGGCAGGGGCACUACGCCUGCUACGCCACUAGCUGUCCCCUCCCUGAAGGCCUCUUCCAGAAGUGCUGCUGCCAAUAAUUUGAAUGCAGCUGUAGGGCGGGAGGAGGGAACAUGCCACGUCAAGGCAGCACUGGGUGGGGUUUGAACACACACUUUGCAGAGAGUUUCAUCAGCUGCUGGCUUCCCUCCCUGAACAGGGGGAGUAGAUAAUGAUGCAGAGCACCGCUGUAUUUGCAUGUGCUGUUUCACUUUCUUUUCCAAACUGCACCAUCCUACUUGGAGCUGUUGAGCUGUUCUUCCAGCAGAGAGCCUGUGCAGGGAAGCUGCUACACUGCUGUCACUUGGGGUCUAAUACAUGACAACACAGUUGUGAAAUUUCAGGAAGCAGAAGCAGCUUAUUUUGGUGUGUGCAACUCUGCUAGUAAUCAGCAGAGGAAGAAAUUACAGUCACUCCUAUUAAUGACAGUCCUCAUGCUACAAAGUGACAAGUUUCCCAAAGUCCUCAUGUAAAGAGUAAUACCAACCAGUCUGACAGGGUUAUAUCACGCUCCUGUGACAGCAGCACGUCUCAUUUCCCAAGUGUCCCGCAGGACUAGACGCUGCAGAUGCCACUACCUGACAAAACCAAGUUCAGAACAGGCAAAUCCCCUCAGUGACACAAAUCACUUCCACGGGGAGCCUUUCUGCUUGUCCCAAGGGAACGACCUGUUCUCAUGGAGAGAAAGCAGUCACAAGCCCCUUGAUAAGGUUGAAGCUAUUUUAAAAACAAACCAUGGGUUAGACGUGUGCCCUAGAAAGCAUCCCUUUAAUUAGGCUCUAGGCGAAGUUGUGGCUGCAAGGAAGCACUCGCCACAGCCCUGUUCUACCCACAACAGCCUAAAGUGCUGUGCUCAGGGUUGACGUGGCUGCCGGUCGCCCCCAGACUGCACACCCAGGCUUGUUCAGAUAAGCUGGGAGGGCAUAGUUGUAAACAGCAGCGCGCGUGCAUUCCUUCCACGCCACAGGAUGGUUAUUUAUAGGGCUCAAUGCAGGAAGUUUAGGAAGGGAUGAAGGGCAACCAUCUGGGCAACAGCCCAGCUUCACCCUUCCUCAUUAUACGACUCAGCCAGCAAGCUCAAUAAAACAUCUUUAUUCUGUACAUUUAUAUAUAGAUGCUUGGGGAACAAGGACAACCCCCAGCAUUAGAAAAAUUCAAGACAACAAAACAGCAAUUAUGAAGAGCAUGGCACCAAGAACAGUCAUGCUACAGACUCCAGGGAUGAGGCGAGACCAGCCAUCAGUUACCUCAGAGGUCACAACACCCCACAUCCCCUUUGGGGCAGAAAACACCGGGGCUGCUGCAAACAGCUGGAGUCCCCGCUACCACGUAGGCAGCUUCUUGUGGACCCACUAGCACCCAAGAGAAGAGCCUGCUGGAGGCUGGGGCCUGCCCUUGCAGGCAUGGGUUGGAAAGACUAUGCCACCAUAACACCAAGACCACUGCUAGGAAUGGGAAGAAAUCCUGCUUGAGCAGUGGACCCUGAACCAGCAGCUCCUGCCAU